CACCACUCCGCCUCAGAUAACAUGGUAGACACUGUGAAGUAAAAUAAAGUUUGAAGUGAAGCUACAGAGCAGGAGUGUCUGUCUGCUAUGCAAGUAGAAACUGGAGAGAUGCUUUGAAUAGUGACUUGGGUCAAGCGUAUGUUGCAAUUGUUGAGGAGUAGUAAGGCGAAAAAGGGACCUCGGUUUGCCGACCGACAAUAAACGCCAAAGAAGAAGAAUAUUUCCGGAGCACCUAUGGUAAGCACUGAGGUUUUAACGGUAACGUCACUUUAUCCAAACUCACGCCGCUGCCCAGCUGAUGGGGUUUUCGCCGACUCUCAGGAAGUGAACCACUGCCUCUGUGAUGGAUCUUAAAAACUGUCUGAAAAACAUCCUGAAGAACAAAUUUCAGAAAGUGAAAGAAGCUGAAAACUCGUUACUUCCUUCAAGACUUUGCUAUCGUGAGCUCAAGCAGGAACACGAACAAUUUCAUACUAAUUUGUUACAGAAUGAGUUUAGAUUUAUUGACAAGUCCGACCUUCACACUUGGGUUGUUUAUCCAACCGUCCCGCUCUCGGAGAUUUUAUCGUGCGACUGCAAACACAACAGCAGCCAAAGAACGGUCCUCACUGUAGGCGUGUGUGGCGUUGGAAAAACCACAACAGUGCAGAGAUGUGCUCUGGAGUGGGCCGAGGGCAAAGCGUGCCAGGACGUCCAUCUCCUGUUUCCUCUCACCUUCUGGGAGUUAAAUUUGCUCGAACACGAACUGACCCUAAUUGAACUUCUCCUGACGUUUUUCCCUGACCUGAAGGAGCUUGACAGUUUCAGCCUGAGGGAAAACAGUGUGUGCUUUGUCCUUGAUGCGCUGGAUGAGUAUCAUGGCACAUUGGACUUUCACUGUCCAACUGUGAGUGAUGUUUCUGAGUUAUCUACAGUAGAAAAUCUUUUGACUAAUCUCAUCAGGGGGGAUUUACUUCCCCUUGCUCAUAUAUGGAUAACAACCAGAUUUGCAGCGGCAACACAAAUCCCUGAUAGUUUUUUGCUUAAAGAGACCGAGGUUCAAGGGUUCAAUGAUGAACAGCAGGAGGAGCACCUCAGGGCACUCGUCGGUGAUGACAAUUUGGCCGACAAAGUCAUCAACCACGUGAAAAUAUCAAGGAGUCUGGACUUCCUUUGUCAGGUACCCACAAUCUGCACCAUCAUGGCAAAUGUGUUGAAGGAUCAUCUAAAACCAGAUGAUGGAUUUAAAAUCCACCCCCUGAGUUUAACCCAGAUGUACACACAUCUGGUCAAAGCAUCAAACCCAGAAACGGUUGCCAAGCUGAAAAUUCUGGCAAAGCUUUGGAUGGGAGAAUGUGAGGUAUUCUAUGAUUAUCAUCUUUCAGAAAUUGACCUAAGUGUUGAGGAAGCGUCAACUUUCUCCAAAGAGUGUCCUCUUGUGUUGAAAGAAGAAAAUGGGCUUCUUAACAGCACCGUGUUUCGCUUUGGUCACUCCAGCAUUCUGGAGUUCUUUGCAGCAUCUGCUGAAUUGGACAAUAUUGAAACAAGAUUUGACCCGUCGAGACUUUGUAAGUGUCUGGUGGACACGGCACUGGAGAGUUCUAUGGGAAAAACAGAUGUCUUCCUUCGCUUCAUCUUUGGUCUCCUUAGGGAGCGCGGCACGUUGGAGCCGCAUGAUCCGCUGUUCGUCUACACCAAGAAGCUGAUCCUGGAAUACAUUCUGUCCUACAAGGCUGUGGGUCUGUUCCACUGUCUGAGGGAGUACGACAACCAGGCUUUACUGGAUGAAGUUAAGUCUUUCCUGAAGUAUCGCUUCUCUCCCAUUUCUGAUUUCUCACAAAUGCAUUGGACCAUCAUGUUGCAGCGGACCAGCAAUUUCGAAGGGAUAAGAGACAGUUUUGAGAUGCCAGUGUCCGCGAGAUGUGAUGAGAAACUCAUCAGGCAGCUAGCAGCUAUUUUCAAAUCCAAGAAAGCCAUGCUGCGAUUCUCCAACCUGACAGACAAGUGUUGUCCGGCCUUAGCAUCCAUCCUGAGCACAAAGGAGUCUUACCUGAGGGAGCUGGACCUGGGGUUCAACAGCAUCAGGGAUGAAGGAGUCAGGGAGCUGGUGGAGGGGCUGAGCGAUGAAAACUGCAGGCUGAAGACCAUCAGGCUGCAAGGCUGCGGAUUGACCGGGCACUCCUGUGAAGACCUGGCCCUGGUACUGAGACGGUCCUGGAAACUGCGAGAGUUGGACCUCAGCAUGAACGAGAUAGGAGAUGACGGAGUGAGAUAUCUUGCAGAUGGUUUGAGAUCUCCUGAAUGCCAGUUGGAAACGCUCAGACUAUCACAGUGCAACAUUGAGGAGAAAGGCUGCAGCUGCCUGGCCUCGGCUCUGCAGCAGAACUCGGGCAGCCUGAAAGUGUUGGACCUGAGCAUCAACAUGGUUGGAGACAAAGGGACCAAGGAGCUCUACAUAAAAUGUGACAUAUCGCAGCUAACGAAGCUGGAGAUGUACCACUGUGGCCUCACUGUGUUGAGCUGUCACAAUAUCGGGGAGGCUCUGAAGCACGAAACCAGCUCUCUGGUAGAGCUCAACCUGAGCAACAACCAGUUGAAAGACGCUGGGUUUGCACUCAUCUGCGAGGGCAUGUACGCAUGGUGUAGACUGGAGAAACUCAAUGUUUCAAGGUGUGGAAUCACUGGCAGGGCUUGCGUUCAUCUUGCCACGGUCCUGUGCUCCCUGUCGCAGCUGUACAAGGGGCUGACGCAGAAGACCGACUGGCAGGCGGUGGAGCUGAGAGAGCUGGACCUCAGUAUGAACUGCCUCGGGGACCAGGGGGUCAGGGAAAUAUCGGCCGGACUGAAGAACCCCUGCAGCCACCUGAGAGCGCUCAACCUGAGUCACUGCAGCCUGACGGAUGACUGCUGUGCAGAGCUGGCCUCGGGCCUGGCCUCCAAGGAGAGCAUCCUCAGCGAGCUGGACCUGUCGGGGAACGACCUGCAGGACAAGGGAGUGAGGAAACUCUGCACGGGAAUCAGAAGCCCUCACUGUAAACUCGAGAAGCUGUCACUGAGGACCUGCGGCCUGACCUCCAGGAGCAUCCAGUUCCUGUGUGCCGCCCUGAAGGCCAACCCCCAACACCUGGCAGAGCUGCAUCUGAUGGGCAACAACCUGGAGAACUCAGGAAUCAAAGUGUUGGUGGAGCUGACCAAGAACCAGAAAUACUGCUUGCAUACGAUCGAUGUGUGUGCAGACUGAGGGGAGCUGCUCCAACAUGGACCAAACAUUCAUCACCUGGGGGGGGUUGGAGAUGCGUGGUGCUGCUGCCAUUCAUUUUUGCUAUUAUCUUAAAGCAAAAGGCUUUCAGAAAGUGAAUUUCUUACAUUUUUUUGUAGUAUUUUGUGUCAAGAUUGUAUGUUUUUGAAUGCCUUUUUCUGAUGUGCAAUUGUAUGUAGCAAGUUGUCCCUCAAUAGGUGCCUACAGUAUUAUUGUUAUGCUUUGAAGAAUAUUUUCACAAAAUAUGAUUUACCAAAAAUGAGAGGGAAAUGUUUAAAAAAUAUGUUUUUUAUAUUUUACUUAUUUAUUACUAUUUUGUUUGGAGAACGUCUGUUUUUUUUAAGCUGCCCUUCACAUUCUAAACCAUAUAUUUUUUUCUUAGGUUGAGAUGCACAGCAAUGAAUGUAAGAUACUAUAUGUGAUGUAUCCCAUAAAAUAUGUGCCUACAGUAUUCUUGUUAUGCACUAUUCAGUUAAAUCUUGUGCACUGAUCAAAAUAAAAUGUAAUCUCUGACAGAACAAAGUACUUUUGUCCACUGCUGGAUAUUUAUGUUGUAGCAGCGCUCCACCUAGUGGCCACUUGUUGUCAGUACAUGACCCCAGUAUUACAGCAGGAUGAGGACUGUGAACGCACCAAUGAAUGAAAGGUGGCUGACUCUCCGAUGAAACACAACUCACUUUGUCAGCUUUCUAGAAAGAAUGUUGCAGCACUGGUUAUUUCAGGGCUGUGUAACAUGUCUUAGUGCAAUAUACUAAGGUAAAGUAUAGAGUGCUGUAACCAUGAGAUCAGCUGGUGUCAGGCUUCUGAGCAUGGUUAUGUAUGUAUAAACAGAUCUUGUCGAGUUCAGCUGUUUUUUCAUUUUAUAUCUCGUAACUUAUGGUCCAAGAUAACUGUUUUUUUCCUUACGUCCACUAAUUUCUUUUCUGUACCUCAUCCAUUUCCCCCAAUCUAUCAUCAAACACAGGAACUUGAUUUCUGAAUCUCAUGGUUAUUUUUUCCAUUUAAUUUAUUUCAUUUGCCUUUUCAGGUUUAUUAAGUGAUCAUAUUUCAACCAAUUACUUUUUUGUAUUAUUGCAACUCCCAUUAAAAGAAAUACAAUAUAUUAUAUUUCCUUUGGAUUUCUACUGGUGUUUUCCCAAGAAGAAGGAUAAGUGGUUCACAUUUCUCUUACAGGUAUUUCCCAUGAGACAAAUAAAGUGAUUUUU